AUGGAUCAACACACUGCAUCUGAUGAUGAGGAAUCUCGUGAAGAACUGAUGGAGGAGACAGACCAGCAGGAACUGGGGUGUGAAAAUGAACAAGAAGAUGAAGAUGACAUUGAAGAAGACUUCAUCAUGGCGAACUCACACUCCGAACCAGAGUCGUUAGCCUCGCUGCUCGUGAACAUGACGGAAAAGGUACAAGAAGAGCGCAGCAAGCGUGGGGAAGUGGAAAAGCGCAAUCACUCUCUGUUGAUGGAGCUCGAUCAACUGCAGAAAGAGGUCCUUGCCCUGCGAUCCUCCGUCGCUGAGAGUGAGCGAAAAACUACCACAGUAUCACACGAUGCAACAGCGUCCAAUGGCUCUGCAAGGGAUCAACUAGCCCCCGCCAUGCUUGGUGAUGCGGAAGCUGGCGAGUUCUGCUGGAAAGAACUCCUGGAUGCGAAGAAGGCCAAAGAGAAGGCACUCGCGGAAGCCCAUAAGCGAGCGAUGCAGGUGAUGGAGUUGAACGCGUGCAUCUCAAUGCAACAUGAUGAACUAGCAGCACUGCGUACCUGUGCAAGAGAAGAUCGUGACGCGCUCGAGCAAAGUGAGGUAACAGCAAAAGAACUUCGUCAAGAGAACCAACUGCGAACGCAGGAGACGAAAUUGCUGCAUGACAACGUAGAACACCUCACGGUUGAAAUGGGUAAACGCAGCACCCACUUCAAAGCAAUCAUGGAGAAGUGGACGGAGGCGCAGGCACAGAGUGAACACCGAGAACGAGAAAAUGCUGCUCUUCGGGAGCAACUGCAGACCGCUCGUCAACGCGCUGAACUUCGUGAACGCGAACUAGAAACUCUACGAGACGAGCGCGGUGCUCUACAGCAUCAAGCGAACCAACUUAAGGGGGCAGUAGCCGCUAAGACAGCGGAAUCCAAGGCCUUCCAAGCCUAUGGAGCUAGUGCUCGGGAGCACUUGCAAUCUCAGCAAGCAGCCAUUCAGCGUCACGCUGUGUAUCGCCGACAGGUGAAUGGUUUGGCUAGAGAUGCCAUCACCUCGCUGCGUGGAAUGCGAGCCACACUGGCACACACUCGAGCUCCACUUGUGGCAAUUCAAGGGGAUUUCCGACGAUUCCUAGACAGACUUCGUGCCCCCGUCAUGGCUCUCGUUGAACGUUCGUCACGAUACGCACAGACAGCCCAUAUCGAGCAUGCCCCGUUGCGUUUGGCGUUGUAUAGCGCCGAACUGGCACGUCGACAUCUUCAUGAGCAGGUUUGGCGAGCGAGACGCGAUGCUUUGAUCAUUUGCCAGCUACAGAACGUCGAGUCAUCAUCAGAUACUGUGGCUAGUGAUGAAAGGGAGGCAGGCAAGCUAGUGCUUCGUGCCAACUACAGCAACGGUGAACUGUUCCUGCGUGACGGUGGCGCCAACUCUAAUGAAGUACUGGGCGUCAAGUGCGACGCAGUGUUCUCCGACAGAGCCCGCGAAUGGGAUCGGCACGAAUCUGUAACCCCACUUCUCCAGUCUGUCAUAGACGGAUGCAACGCAUGCGUCACGACGUUUGUAGGUGCCCCACCACUGCGAAUUGGGGGCUCAACAGCCCAGCAAACAGUUCCAGAGUUGCUGCUACGUGAGCUGUUCGCAGCUGUAGGAAGUGAUACGCGAUUCCAUCGAGCCAAGUUCACCAUCAGCUUCCUUGCUGUUUUCAACGAGACCGUGUACGACUUGCUAGGACUGGAAACAACGUCAGCUCCACAAACUACAGCAAACGUCUCCGUAGUACGCCAGAUUGUGGUGCUGGAGGUGCAGAACGCAGAGGAGGCUCUCGUGGUGCUGGCUGGAGGACGUGAGUAUCUCACGACCAAUGCAAUUCAACAGUUUGGAGAACCUGGUGCAGUACCAUCGCUGAUCGCGCCGCUUACACACACAAUUGCGACGGUUUGUUUGACGUACGAAAACUUGCUUACUGGUGCGGCGCCAGUCAAAUCAAAGCUCCAGAUCGUUGAGUUAGCGCUAGGGGCUGGCAAUGGUGCGAAAGCUGCUGGAAAGCCAUCACUUCCUUGGACAGACAAUCCAGAAGAGGUUAAACAGCGAGUUGCGGUGGAAAACGGAGCGGAGACGCUUGUGACGGCACUUGCUGAGGUCCGACUGAAAGGUGUGGCCUUCGUGCGCUAUCACAGCUCCAAACUCACCGUGCUACUUCAAGAUACUAUUAAACCUGGAGCGAAGUUCCUCGCACUAGUCGGUCUACCAUCUUCUUGUCCAGCUCAUGACGCCAACCCUCCAGCGAUCGUACGCGUCCUCCAGCAGAUGCGUACUGCUGUGGGAGGUGGCGAAGACUCUCGGAUGGCCUCACAGAGCAGCAACCGCGAUCGCUCACUUGAGGGCUUCAUGAAUCGCUUAGCACUACAACAGUCACAUCUCAGCGAUCUCGCUCUCCCGUUCUCGUCGCUCGACAUGCAGGAUCAUGCUCGUCAUCGCGCAACUUCUACGACGUGGGACACAGAGCUCGAGAUCAUGGCUAAGCGAUACGGCAAAGACGGACUCGAUUCCUUAAAUGUGGUGCCUCCCACAUACAACCACGCGGAGGUUGAACACGAACAACAGGACCACCAACAGCUAUCUCCAGCUGCACACCAACAGGCAUCUCCUGCUGCGGUCCACCCGAUCAUCUAUUCGAGCAGUUCUCAACCUCCUCCCACCCCCGUAGCAUCGAUACACAAAGCGAAACCCUUUCGCAAAGGCGGCAAAGUAUCCCGAAACACUAGUGCAACAGUAACGAAGAAGCAGGCAGCAACUAUCUUCAUGCCGCCACGCGCAGUGCGCUCCGUGUCGAUGUCCCGCUCUGGGGCCACAUCAUCUGCACCUACAGCAGCACCAACGACAACCGCACCGCCUCCGCCUCAAUCCAUGGGCACAGUGCUGAAAAUCCGUCGAGAAACUGCCUCGAGCGCCUUGAAGAAGACCCUGGUCAACCGGAAAAAUCAGGACAAACGCUCUCCGUUCCGCUAA